UGGAGCUGAAUGAAUUAUUUAAAAAAUUCCGAAGAUUAUUCAAGUUUUAUAUAUUAAUUUUAUUUUCAAAUGAAUUUUUAGUGAUUGAAAUGAAUUUACAGUGGAGGUUUGAAGGACAGGAGAGAAUGAUUGGAGUUGGGAGAUGAUUCGUAAAACGGAAAAAUGUGAAUUUUGAAAUUUAGAUUGAAUACUGGAGAGAAUCCAGGGGACAGCGAGUAUUCGUGCGACUGCGGGAUAGUAACCAACUCCCCUCUCCCCUUAGAAUCGAUACAACAAACCAACCAAUGUGCAACUGGAUGUGUAUCUCCAGCAUUGAAAUGUCAUCGUGCAAGUGUUUCCAUCACCUCGAUCAUCAAUUUAUCCCCGAAAAAUCCAUAACGACCAUCUGAAGAACCAAAAAAAUGUCCUCGACACCAGCAAUAUGAACCCAGAGUGCUCUCCAGUCUCUAGUGAGUGAAAAACAAAUCCUAAAAAACUGAAAAAUCCAGUGUCUUCUGGUUUAAUAUUCUUGGAAAUAAAUUCCACUCCUAAUUACUUCAUCAAUAAGUCCUCCCCCUCUCUCGAAAGCUAAAAUACAGUGGAAGUAUUAUAAUAUAAAUAUUUUGUCAACGUUUUUUAUGGACUUAUUCGGCAGUUGUUAAUGGAUUUGAAGAGGAAUAGGGAAAGUAUACAUUCAGUGGAGUUUUAUGUAAUAUAAAUUGAAAAUUGUUUAUUUUCGUGGGGAUUUCAUGUAUCGAUCGUUUUUAUAUAUUUAAUCUCCACACGGAUCUGUUAUCCAGAGAAUCCCCUUAUCGGCUAUUGGCAAUGUAAAAGGACUGAAAAUUUUUACUGUAAUUUACAGUAAAUAUAAUAAAUUGAGGAGUGAAUUUUAACAAAAAGAUGGUUGGUGGCAGUGAUGCCCCCAUCAGAGGAGGAAAGCCUCUGGCUUGUAGGGAAAAGUGGUGGUGCACUCUCCCAACCGGGAAAUGGUCGAUCAGUGAGACCUGGGGAAAAAGCACAAAUUAAAAAAGUCCUGUACACCGAGGAAAUGACGAGUCAGAGCAAUGAGACAACCACCACUUCGACAGCUGUUCCAGCAGCUGGAACUAUCAGUGCCACUUCCACUGAUCCUGCUGAACACGAUCUCAUCGAUUCCAGGGAUGAUGCCAAUUUGCUAGCGCAAUUCCACGAGGAUGCCAUUAAACAGGCAGGUGUGGGCUACUUCCAGAUCCUGGCAGCAUUUUGCGCAGGGCUAGCCCUAGCUGCCGACACAGUAGAGUUCUUCGUGGUGCCCUACAUCCUACCGAGUGCUGAGGUAGAAUUGUGUAUCGAGGAUAACGAAAAAGACUGGCUCUCAAAGAUAACACUUGUGGGUUCAGCCCUAGGUGGUAUAGGAUGGGGAGGUCUCGGAGACAGAUUGGGUCGUCGUCGAGCCCUUCUAUCAGCGAUGUCAGUGCACGUCCUCUUCAUCGGCGUGGCAACCUUUAUGCCAACCUACGGUACCUUCAUGACAGCAAGAUUUUGCUCAGCCAUCGCUGUUGGAGGUGCUGUCCCUCUGGCGUUUGCCUAUGUCGCCGAGUGCUGUCCCAGGUCGUCCAGAGGACGAUGGACAGGUAUUCUAGUGGCUGCUGCUUCCCUGGGAGGUGUUUAUGCUGCUCUCCUGGCCUGGGCUGUUGUCCCCACAACUGGUGAAAUGGUUGUUCUCGAGAAUAAGGAACACUUCAGUGCUUGGCACAAGUUUCUUCUAUUCUGCUGUCUCCCAGCUGUCUGCUCCACGAUUGGACUAGUUUUUCUACCGGAGAGUCCGAGGUACCUCGUGGAGGCUGGCCACGAUGUGGAAGCAAUGAUGGUGUAUCAACGCAUUUACAAACGCAACAAUGCACGCAAGGCCCUUUCAGGUACUCAGUAUCAGCUGUCAGAGCUGGAGCUACCCAGCAAAAGACCCCGGGGCCUUGCACCUCCAUCACCAUCAGGCAACACAAGUGUUCUCAAUGACAUAAUGUACUCCAUCGAGAUGUUCUGGAAUUCAUUUCUACAACUAUUCUCAGGCCCCUACAUUAAAGUCACUGUUAUGCUAUUCAUAAUCUGGUGUGCAGUGGCAUUUGGCCUCUAUGGUUUGAUGCUCUGGUGUCCUGAGUACCUGAAGAGAAUUCGAGCAAUUGAAUACGAAACCCAAACCGAGAGAUUUUUCAAUGAGGAUUUCAUCGAGACAACAUUCACUGGCUCCCUCGAGAACAGACGAUACAGAAACUCAAGAUUUAUCAAUUGUAAAUUCAACAAAAUGGUGUUCAGUCACGUGGACUUUGACAACUGCACUUUCCAAUCUGUCGAAUUCACCAGCAUCAAGAGCUCCAAGACCCACUUCACGGAUUCAAUUAUCGUCGAUUCUAAAUUUAUCGAUACGGAUUUGUCCAAGGGAUCGUUUGUCAAUUGCAAACUGGUGAAUAAUACUGAUCUGAGUCUCGUGGGGAGCUGUCCAACUCUCGAUCUUGAUUACAAUAUUUAUAUCGAGGAGGCACUACAUGGGCAUCUAGUUGCUGAACUGGCGUUUGUUCCAGCUGCAAUUAUCGCUGGAAUCGCCCUGGGUUUUCUCCAGGGGCCCAAGAUCAUCGGAUUAUCUCUAUUUUUAUCCUCUGGAGGUGCUCUCUGCCUGAUGCUGGUGAGCAACAACAGCUCAGCUGUUCUCGGUUUCGAGGGUGGAUUCAUGGCAGUUUCAGCUGUUGCCUGGACCUCCCUGGGCCUCAUAACAAUCGAGAGCUUUCCAACUCACUUGAGAUGCACUGGGUUUGGCCUGAUGGCUGCUGGAAUAAGGAUAUCUGGAUUAAUUGGUACAGCUGUUUAUCAGACACUCGUUGGAGCUCCACUAAUAGCACCAGCACUCCUCACAGCUAUUGCAUUGUUCAUCGCCAGCAUCACGACUUUUAAAUUACCGAAUACUCAUACAGUUUUCCUGUAAAUCGGUGAGAGAUAAUAGAUAUUAUUUUGAGAAUGAGUGGAUCGGAAUUUCACAGGGAAUCAGGGAAAGGAUCAGAUGUUGGAUGUGGUGCGAUGCGCACAGGCUGUGGGAAGAUUAUUAAAUCGGGGGUUUUAUUGUGAAUAUGUUAUUUGGAGUGAUUUAUCCACUGGGUAAUUGACAUUUUCACUAUUCACCUCUGAUUUCGUGACUGACAUCGUGCAACUAUGUCGUACGCAUAAUGCGACGAAUAUCAACGUAUUUAUAAAUAUUUUAGUACAGAGAAUUAAUGAAUUAAUCAAUUAACGUCAAUUUUGCUGAGGAGAUCCGAGUGCAACAGUGAAUUCAUAUCAAAUUUCCACGUUAAAUUUGUAACAAUAUUGUUUUUUUUUAUUCCAGACAAUCUCUUUGAGACUUUUAUCAAUUUCCCUGAGGUGGAGGAUGAUUUUUACAGUGAUGACUUGUUGUGUCAUUGAAAUAGUGCACGGAUCUGUCGGGAUGGGGAGAUUAUGAAUUUUUAAAGGGAGAAUUUAAUCUAUUACGGGGAAAAUAUCGAUUUAUAUCCGGUGGUAAUUGCCAUUUUAAGUGGCGGUGGAGUCUGGACAUUUGCACCGAAAUCAGACUCUAUGAUUUGCCCCACUCCAUAAUUUUUUUAUUAUCCCAGCUCAUUAUCUUGAUUUUAAUAAUGAAUUCUAGGGACAAAUGCAGUACUUCCGCUUUCAUUUGAAGACAAUAGGCUGCGUAAUUAGGAGUAAUGAAUUUUAUAAUUUUUUUUUUCUCUUCGCCAAGAAGUGACCAGAUGUUAUGACGUGAUCAUUCGAUUUUUUUAAUGAGGAAUUAUUGAUUAGAGGAGUUGUAAUGAGAAUGCAUUUUUUUUUUCAUUUAUUUCGGGAUGAAAUAUUUCAACUUGUCUGCCAUUCUUUACCACUUUACUACGGAAUUGUCUGUUAAUUGGAGAAAUUAAUCAAAGGUUCAGCCAUUGCAAGAAUCAAAGUCCAAAUUUUAAAUCUGGGAAAAAAAUCUAACACAAACUGAUAUUUUUCUACUAGAAAAAAACGGGGAGCAAUUUUUUGAACUUUCCACAGUGGAACUAGCCCGUGGGUAUUUAUUUACUCAACAUAUCAUCUGCGAUGAACCAAUUGCAGAAAACAAUAACAAUAGCAGAAUAAAAUUAGUAGCAAAUUGGUAAAGUGAGAUAAGUCGAAUUGUUCAGUGAACUUUUUUAAUAACAAUUGAUUUAUCUCGAAAACUACGGACUCAAGACGAAAGUCUCAGAGGACUUUUUUGUAGCUGGUUAAAUUCCCGAGAAAAAGUGUAUUCUGAUAUUUUUCGAUAAAAUCAAUAGUUU